AUGAACUGUGGAUUGAAUCUUACAUUGAGUGGAGCUGUCAAGUGUUUUACGAGAAGUUACCAACUCGGUUCCACUAGCAGGAAAAUUAUACCGGUGUAUCCAGCCAUCGAAAAUGCUGGCAAACCCAAGCUGUUGAAAAGAGUGACGGAGAAAGACCUAGAUGAAAGCCUGGAUCCACAAAAAUGGAGGCGCGAGUUAAUUUCAAAACAUAACAAGGAGCGUCUACGUGCUGGAGACGUAGUCCGUGUGGCUUACAACUCUCAAAAAUGCAAAUACGAUAAUCUGAUGGGGUACGUGCUUUCCGUAGACCGGAAAGAGAUUACGCAAGAUGCUUCGAUCCUGCUGAGAAACCAGUACGCUAAGACCUUUGUGGAAGUGAGGGUCCCAAUUUUUUCGCCGGUCAUUGAGAGAAUCGAUCUGAUCAGAAGAGCGGACGGCAGGAGACAGAGAAACAAGCAUUAUUACAUCAGAGGCACCAAGUUGGAUGUUAAAGACUUGGAGGCUGGUAUGAGGAAGCGCCGGUGA